UACUCAGCCUGUUUAGAUAUUUAUGUUUCCUUUGUGUUUUUCAGACCAGGUUUAUAAGGUUAAUGUGGCUAACAAGUAAUAUACGCUAAUAGGCUCCAGGUUAGUGUCUGUGUGUGUCUCUGAAUGAAAUCUCAUGAUUUUCCUGCUACAGUUUUAGUUUGUAACUCUUUUCUCAGGUUGUUAGCAUUCUGGCAUUUUCGUGUCCCUCCUCGACUUCUCGUCUUCUCGUGUCAGGAAUGUGUUCUUAGGCAGGACAGGACUUGCUCCUGAGAGAGCUUUUCACCGAGAUGCCUGAAGCUGCGCAAUCUUCUCUUCCCUUUUACAACUUACAUGUUCCAUCAGAGCUUCUCGAGUGCAGGAGGCCAUGUUGCUGUAGCUGUUAUAAGAUGGAAAACUGUGGCUAUAAAGGGAUACAUGAGAGUGUGAUUUAUGGCCUAAGUGUACAGCAUAUGUGUGCAGCAGUGAGGGUCGUGCCAUGCUGUUAAGCUCUUAAAGGUCACUCGCAAAGGGUUUCAUUCAUUCAUUCGGCUGCUCCGCUCAUUGGAGACGCGAGUGCGCGCCGGAGCGGCACGUGAAAGUGAGACAGUCAGCGUGUCCGCGCAAGACAGGGCUGCACUGCGUGAGCUCACCACCAUCACCACCAUCACCAUCACCAUCAUCACCAUCACCAUCGUCUGAGCGCGGUGAGGAAGCUGGAGGUUCGGGAUGCGCUUCUCACAUUGACACACCGGCUCAUGAUGUAAACACCAAAGAGAAUUUUUCACUCUGGGACCUAACAGUAGAAGGAGAAGAGAACGACAGCUGCAGUCUUUCCCUGUGAAACUGACCUCUUUCCUUAAGAAUGGAGAAACAUGUUGACGACAGACUUAAGAAGAAACUUCCGUUUCUCAUGUGCUUGUCUUCCAUCUUCUGGUCUGUGUGUUCCUGUCAGACCCUUAACGUCUUCCAGUCUGAGAGGCCUGAAUGGAGUCUGAGUCAUCUGGCUGUCCACCAGUCCAGUGGCACGGUGUACGUGGGUGGAAUCAACCGUGUGUACAAGCUCUCAUCCCAUGUGGCUCUCCAGGUCACACACAACACCGGGCCCGAGCUGGACAAUCAGGCCUGUUAUCCUCCACUGAUCAUGCAGCCGUGCUCCGAGCCUCUUACCAGAACCAACAACGUUAACAAGUUGCUGCUGGUGGAUGACCUGCACAACCGCCUGCUGGCAUGCGGCAGCCUGUACCAGGGCGUGUGCAAGAUCCUGAGACUAGAUGAUCUGUUCAUCUUGGCCGAACCGUCACACAAAAAGGAGCACUACUUCUCCAGCGUGAACCAGACAGGCGGCAUGUGCGGCGUGAUCGUGAGCCGAGAUCGAGGCCGUGAGAAAGACGCCACCCUGUACAUCGGCACGUCUGUCGGCGGCAAACAGGACUACUUCCCGACCAUCUCCAGCCGCAAGCUGCCCAAAGAUCCCGAAUCUGCGGCCAUGCUGGACUACGAGCUUCACACCGACUUUGUUUCAUCUUUAGUCAAGAUUCCUUCUGACACACUAGCUCUGGUCACGCACUUCGACAUCGACUACGUGUACGGUUUCUCCAGCGGGAGCUUCGUGUACUUCCUGACCGUGCAGCCGGAGACGGAGACCCCAGGAGAGCUUUUUUACACGUCGCGCGUGGUCCGGCUCUGCAAAGGUGACGAUAAGUUCCACUCGUACGUCUCCCUACCGGUGGGCUGCGUAAAGAACAGAGUGGAGUACCGCCUGCUGCAGGCAGCGUUUCUGGCUAAAGCUGGGAGCGUAAUGGCUGCCGUACUGAACAUCACCGAACAGGAUGACGUUCUCUUCGCCGUCUUCUCCAAAGGACAGAAACAGUACUUGAGACCUUCAGACGACUCGACGCUCUGCAUUUUCACCAUCCGGGAUAUUAACGCACGGAUUAAAGAGAGGCUGAGGUCCUGCUACCAGGGGGAGGGAAACCUGGAGCUGCACUGGCUUCUGGGAAAAGAUGUUCAGUGCACAAAAGCGCCGGUGCCUAUAGGAGAUGGGUUCUGUGGUUUGGACAUUAAUCAGCCUCUCGGAGGGUCGGAGCUCGUCUCGGGUCUCGCUGUGUACACAGAGACAUCUGAGCGUCUCACCGCCGUGUCUGCAUACGUUUAUGAUGGCUACAGCGUGGCGUUCCUCGGAACACGAUCUGGAAACAUCCGUAAGGUGCGUGUAGACGGAGUAUCUGCAUUCCUUUAUGAGACGGUGCAGGUAAUGAAGGAUGGAAGUUCUGUUCUUCCUGACAUGGCCUUUUCCCCGGAUCACCACCACCUCUACACUUUAAGCCGCACGCAGGUGGUCCAGAUGCCAGUGGAACACUGUGAGCAGUACAGCCGGUGUGAGGAGUGUUUAAGCUCAGGAGAUCCACACUGUGGCUGGUGUGUCCUCCACAACAAGUGUGUGAGACAGGACCGGUGUGAGCGCUCAGACGAACCUUUCCGAUUCGCUGGUGAGAUCGGGCGCUGUGUAAAAGUCUCCGCCCACCCGGACAGCAUCGCCAUGUCGGAGCACGCCGUCCCUCUGCUGCUGGAGGUCAGUAAUGUUCCUGACCUUUUUGCUGGAGUUACUUGUUCCUUUGGGAGCCUGGCGGAGGUUGAAGGUCACAUUAGUGGGAACAACAUCAUGUGUCUGUCUCCAACCGCCCAGGACGUCCCUCUGAUCCCUGCUGACCGAGACUGGUCAGGUGUGGAGUUAAAGGUUGUUUCCAAGGAGACAGGUCACAUGGUGGUGAGCACAGAGGUGAAGUUCUACAACUGCAGCACACACACCAUGUGUUUGUCAUGUGUGAGCAGUGCUUUCCAGUGUCAUUGGUGUAAAUACAGAAACACCUGCACACAUGACCCUAACAGCUGCUCCUUCCUCGAGGGACAUGUCAACUCAUCAGAGUUGUGUCCUCAGCUGGUGCACACGGGGGAGCUGGUGAUUGCAGCAGGAGACGUAAAGCCCAUCACACUAAAGGCCCGCAACCUUCCACAGCCUCAGUCUGGUCAGAGAGGAUACGAGUGUGUGUUCAACAUCCAGGGAGUAACACACAGAGUGACCGCUCUGCGCUUCAACAGCACCAGUGUACAGUGUCAGAACCGCUCGUAUGUGUAUGAGGGGAUGAAAGUCAAUGAGUUGGCAGUCGAUCUGUCCGUCGUGUGGAACAACAACUUCACCAUUGACAAUCCUGAGAGAAUUAAAGUGCACCUGUAUAAGUGCAGCGCUCAGAGAGAGAGCUGUGGUGUGUGUCUGAAGGCCGAGCGGAGGUUCUCUUGUGGUUGGUGUGUGAGUGAGGGUCGCUGUACGCUGCGUAAACACUGCACUUCACCUGGAGCAUCUCACAACACACACUGGCUCGGACCAAACCAACACCACAAGUGUACACACCCCCGCAUCACUGAGGUGUCUCCUCUGUCUGGACCUCCACAUGGAGGGACCAUGGUGACAAUCCGGGGAGUGAACCUUGGCAUGUCUUUGUCUGAGCUGCAGGGGCGAGUGGAGGUGGCCGGGGUUCCGUGUCACACCCGAUCUGAGGGUUACAUCACUGCAGAACAGCUGGUGUGUGAGAUGGAUUCAGCACCGCUGAGAAGUUCUCCUGGGCCGGUUCGGCUGUGUGUGGCAGAUUGCAGGCCAGAACUAAGCACUCACUCCUCUCAGCUCUACACAUUUGUGAACCCGAGUGUGUUGGCACUGACCCCGACCCGAGGCCUUUCUGGAGGAACCAGGGUGACCAUACUGGGUCAGGACCUGAGCGCGGGCAGCAGCGUGAACGUUCGCUUUGGAAACAACACCUGUGAGUUUUAUAGUCGGAGUGCCACAGAGAUCGUGUGUGUCUCAGCCCCCUCUCUUUACAGCGAGGGCUCGGUGCUGGUUCUUGUUAGAGUGGAUCGGGCAGAACUCAACACCAAGCUGAGCUUCGAGUACAUUGAAGAUCCAACGGUACAGAGUGUAGAACCUGAAUGGAGCAUAUCCAGUGGACACACUACCUUGACAGUGACCGGCACUAAUCUAGAUGUGGUGCAGGAGCCCCGGGUUCGAGUCAGAUAUGGUGGACGUGAGUCUGUUAAUGUGUGCAAAAUCAUAAAUUCCACUUCAAUCCUCUGCUCUGCCCCACCUCUGAUGGCUGAUUUUUCCCCGGGGCAGGACUCUGUGAGGCAGGCAGAUGAGUUUGGGUUCAUCUUCAAUAACAUUCACGCUCUGCUCACCUACAACAGCACCACUUUUGUUUAUUACCCCAAUCCCUCGUUCGAACCGCUGAGCAUAUCUGGAGUGCUGGAGCAGAAGCCGGGGUCACUCAUCCUCAAAGGCAGGAAUCUGGUUCCACCAGCAUCUGGGAGUUCCAAACUGAACUACACUGUCCUGGUUGGAGAUGUUCCCUGCCUCAUCACCAUCUCAGACACACAGCUCCUGUGUGAGCCACCUCCUUUCACUGGCCAGCACAGAGUCAUGAUCCAAGUGGGUGGUCUCUACCUGUCUCCAGGUUCAGUCCACAUCCAAUCAGACAGUCUCCUGACGCUACCUGCCAUCUUCAGCAUUGCAGCAGGAGGAAGCCUGCUCUUCAUCAUCGUCAUCCUGGUCCUGAUCGCCUACCGACGCAAAUCUCAUGAGAACGACCUCACGCUUAAACGCCUGCAUAUGCAAAUGGAUAACUUGGAGUCCAGGGUGGCUUUGGAAUGCAAAGAGGCAUUUGCAGAGCUCCAGACAGACAUAAACGAGCUUACAAGUGAUUUGGACCGGGCUGGAAUCCCACACCUGGAUUACCGUACCUAUGUCAUAAGAAUCCUGUUUCCUGGGAUGGACGACCAUCCGGUGCUCAGAGAGCUGGAGGUUGCGGGCUGUGGGCAGCAGCGUGUAGAGAAGGCCCUGAAGCAGCUGGGUCAGCUGGUGAACAAUAAGACGUUUGUGCUGUCCUUUAUCCGCACGCUGGAGCUACAGCGCUCGUUCUCGAUGCGGGAUCGUGGCUACGUGGCGUCACUCAUCAUGACUGCGCUGCACAACAGACUGGAGUUCAUCACUGACGUUCUCAAACAGCUCCUCUCUGAGCUCAUCUCCAAAAGCAUGGAGACCAAGAACCAUCCAAAACUACUGCUGCGCCGGACAGAGUCAGUAGCAGAGAAGAUGCUGACGAAUUGGUUUGCCUUCCUGCUUCACAAGUUCCUUAAGGAGUGUGUGAGUGAGCCCUUCAUGCUACACUGUGCUAUAAAGCAGCAGAUGGAGAAAGGGCCGAUCGACGCUGUCACAGGAGAAGCGCGUUACUCCCUUAGUGAGGAUAAACUCAUCCGCCAACAGAUCGACUACAAAACACUGACGUUGUGCUGUGUGGAUGGAGAUCAGGAGAACAGGGGGAUGGAGGUGGUGGUGAAGGUGUUAAACUGUGACACGAUCACGCAGGUGAAGGAGAAAAUCCUUGACGCCAUCUAUAAGAACGUCCCCUACUCUCAGAGACCACGCGCAGGAGACAUGGACUUGGAAUGGCGUCAGGGCCGCACGGCACGUGUGGUCCUACAGGAUGAGGACAUCACCACUAAAAUCGAAAAUGACUGGAAACGACUCAACACACUCCUGCACUAUCAGGUGUCUGAUCGCUGUGUGGUGGCUCUGGUACCUAAGCAGAUGUCCUCCUACAACAUCUCGACGUCGGCCAGCUUCCCGCGGAGUUUCAGCCGUUACGAUGCAGUCCUGCGCUCCGUGUCAGCAGGCAGUCCAGAGUUCUCACGUUCCCGUGUGCCGAUGAUCACUCCAGAUCUGGAAAGCGGUGUUAAAGUUUGGCAUCUGGUCAAGAACCAUGAGCAUGGAGACCAAAAAGAAGCUGAGCGCGGCAGCAAGAUGGUGUCUGAGAUCUACCUGACCCGCCUUUUGGCUACCAAGGGCACCUUGCAGAAGUUUGUGGACGAUCUGUUUGAGACUCUCUUCAGCACAGUGAAUCGGGGCAGCGCGCUCCCACUCGCUAUUAAAUACAUGUUCGACUUUCUGGACGAGCAGGCAGACAAACAUGGCAUCCACGACCCUGACGUCCGACACACAUGGAAGAGCAACUGCCUCCCUCUGCGCUUCUGGGUGAACGUGAUCAAAAACCCUCAGUUUGUCUUUGACAUUCAUAAGAGCAGCAUUACAGACGCCUGUUUAUCUGUAGUGGCUCAGACCUUCAUGGACUCAUGCUCGACCUCAGAACAUCGUCUCGGCAAAGACUCGCCUUCGAACAAACUGCUCUACGCUAAAGACAUCCCGCACUAUAAGAGCUGGGUGGAGCGGUACUAUGCUGAUAUUAGCCGGCUGCCGUCUAUCAGUGAUCAGGACAUGAAUGCGUAUUUGGCCGAACAGGCACGUCUUCAUUCGCAUGACUUCCACACACUGAGCGCCUUGCACGAGAUCUACACCUACAUCAGGAAGUACAGCCAAGAGAUAGUGCAGACUCUGAAGCAGGACGCAUUGGCCCAGAAACAAAGACUCGCCUACAAACUGGAGCAGCUCAUUGCAGAUAUGGACCAUGAGAGCUGAUCUGAGAUCUCACAAAAAACUCUAAUCAACUGAGAGUGAACUAAAGUGAGUCACGGUGACAAAUCAUGGUGCCAUAACAUUUUCAACUCAAUAUCCAGGUUUCAGUGAAUCACAAAUCUUUUUUUCUUUAUUCCAAUAAAAGACAUUAAAUACCAUCAAA